AUGAUACCCCAAAUUACCAGCUGGGAUGAUCUAGAUUUCACUUCAGAGGAAAUAGAUCAAGACUCUAAUGAAUUCCACUCGUUUGGCCUUAUCGACGACAAUGACACCUACCAUUAUGGCCAGCUAGGCACUCCCAAGACUGAAAUAUCACUCGAAAACAUCACGGCUGCUCUCAAACCUAUCCCCGAUGAAGCCAUAUACCCUCCAUGGCCCUUACCCGAGGCGAAACUUCUCCAGGCACCAGAAACACCAGCAAAAGUUUACAUUAAACGUCCCACACUGGAGCUGUACAGCACGCUUAAGAAGCUGGGACUCGAAAAACAGCUAUUCAACUCACUCAUAGCAGAGGCGCAAGUGCUAGAAGAGCUAUCGCAGCAUCCACACCCGAACCUGAUCCGCUACCACGGCUGUCGGGUCGCGCGCGGGCAUAUCACCGGCCUCGUGCUUGACAGACACCCGGACGAUCUAGAGACCCAUGUUCAACACGGAUACGAGAUAAGCGACAAAGCCCUUUUUAUGGCCGCGCUCGAGUCUGCGAUCAGCCACCUGCAUGGGCUUGGUUGGGCGCAUAAUGAUCUCCAUCCAGCCAAUGUUCUAGUUAGCGAGGCUGGUAUGCCGGUAUUGAUUGACUUUGAGGGAUGCCAGAAGCUUGGUACGGAGUUGAAAUAUAUUCGGGGAAAUAAAGACUGGAUUGAAGGGGAGAUCGGGGACUAUGCCACGUCGGAGGCACAGCAUGAUAUCUUUGCGCUUGGAAAGAUUCGGGCUUGGCUCGAGGUUCCAGGCGAGCAUGAGUGA